GGCUAUGUGAACCUGGGUAGUGAACGUCUCCACUGUGUGUUCAAUAAGAACGCUGAUGCGUGUAACUACGGAGUGUUCUGUGGUCUGCUGGGCUUGUUGCUGUGUUCCUUCUUCUUCCUGCUGGAUGUCAAGUUCCAACAGAUCAGCUCUAUUAAGGACAGGAAGAAGGCUGUGAUGCUGGAGGUCGGCCUUUCAGGUUUCUGGACGUUCCUGUGGUUUGUGAGUUUCUGUUUCCUGGCCAAUCAGUGGUCUAGGACCGCCCCUAAGGACCUGCCACUCAACCAGGGGGCCGACGCAGCCAGGGCCUCUAUCGCCUUCUCAUUCUUCUCUAUCCUCACCUGGGCUGGUCUGACGGUGCGUGCAGUCCAGAAAUAUCUCCUGGGAACAGACAUGACCCUCUUCACCACCGACCAUCUGGACGGAGUCGCCCCGGUAACACCAUACCCCCCCACCACCGGGGGCGCCAUCGAGCCCAGCGACAACUACCAGAGCCCCCCGUUCACAGAGGGGCUGGAAGCCCCCGCCCCCACAUACCAGGUCCCCAUAUACUAGCACCUCC